AUGGACUUUACUGAGUGUUACAGCGACACGGUGUCCAGUCUUGCCGUGGCAGCACGCGGAGAGAAAUGUCAGGCGUGUGAGCUUACUGAUCCAGAGAGGCUGCGUGUGGACAGCAGGGAUAACCGUGGCUUGAACGCCCUCCACGAGGCUUGCAGCCGCCGGGCACCGUCGUAUGUGUGCGCGAAACUCUUAAGGCUGCCGUGGGAUCCUUCACUAAACCUCCUUGGCUCCUCUUUCCAUUGGCUCUUUCAGCAGGAGCCUCCCGUGGUGCCUGCCUACAUGGGCUCUCUGACACAUGAGGGUGAGUCGGCGUUGUACCUGGCCGCGCAGCGCAGACACCUGGCCGUGGUCAAGCUCCUCCUCAGAGCCCACGCUGACAUCAACCAGCCAACCAAUGACCUGUCCUGCCCUCUCUACGCAGCAGUAGACUGUGGGCACACAGAUAUCGUGGAGUUGCUGGUGCGGAAAGGGGCAGAGGUUAACGGAACACACACAGCCUCCUGCUGGACCUGCCUUCAUCAGGCUGCCUAUAAAGGUCACAGUGACAUUGCUAUCCUGGUGGGCGUGUGUCGCCUGGAGGUGUUUGACGACCAGAUGAUCACUCCCGUGUUUGUGGCUGCACAGUACGGACAAAAGCAGUGUCUCCAGAUCCUCGCUGACGCAGGUGCCAAUGUGAACGCCCAGGCGUCAGACUUGGCAACACCGCUGCUGAUUGCGUCACAGGAGGGCCACGAGGGCUGUGUGGAGAUUCUUCUGGACCACAAUGCCAACCCAAACCUGUCUUGUUCCGACAACUGGCCACAGCUCCCCAUCCACGCAGCUGCCGAGUUCGGCCACAACACUGUCCUGGCCAGGCUGAUUGCUGUGACAGACCGGGUGUGUGACCAUGGAGAGGGUGAGUUGAGUCCGCUGUACUCUGCUGUGAAGAACAAUCACAGCCACUGUGUAGAUCUGCURCUGAGGGCCGGCUUCAGCCCAGACGCCCAGGACUGUAGCUCCCUCUUCAGCUCAGACACCACAUCGCCGCUCGCCUACACCCUCGCCUUGAAAUGCACAUCCUCCCAGCCCUUUAGCGAUUCGGCUCGCUUGCUGGUAGCCGCAGGGGCCACUUUGACCGGGCGGGAAUGGCUCUACAUUCUGGCCAUGUGCAAAUCCGAUGUGCUGCAGUAUGUCUUACAACAAAGGAGCAUCCCCAGACCAGAGCAGCUAAGCAGGACCAUCUCGCUCUGCUCUAGGCCAGAGCAGCAGAGCAGCAGCCCACUCAGUCCAGAAGAGUUGCGUGGGCUGGUGUGUGAGGCGCUCGACAUGGUAUGCCAUGCCUCCUAUUGGUUGCCCACGUUACUUCAGGCAGGCCUGGAGCCCUCCCUACUGUUGCAGCAACCUUACACGCUGAGGAAGGCAGACAGUGAGGUUUUGAAUUACUUCCUGCAGUUUGUCAAUUGGUCGACUCUCUCUCACCCACUAAAGGAUAUACUGCUACCCCGAAAGGAGAGCACCUGGAGGCCACAUCACGAGUGUGUGCCAUCUCUCUCUCACCUCUGCAGGCUGCGGGUCAGGGAAGAGUUGGGUUCAGUGGCUCUGAUGCAGACAGAUGUGGUCCGACAGCUUCCUCUUCCCCCCCCACUGCAGAUAUACCUCCAGUUCAGAGACAUCCCACCACCCUCACACGCAACACCAGUCCCACAGAGAGGGUUUCCACAGCGUCUAUAACAAUGACAUACAGGGCUUCAUAUAACCUGCCACUGAAGAGAUGUCCUCAAUUAAAAAAUAGCCACACACACACCCAGUUCCCUAUGCACAGCUGUUCUGUUGAUGUGUGAUUUUGGAAUAGAUCAGCUCUAUUUGAACACAGAUGUUGGUGAUAAUGAAUAGUUUUGUAUGGUUUGUUUUGAUUAUUGUUCAUUAAAACAAAGUAUUAAGCUGUUUGAGUAAA